AUCUGCUCUCUAAAACCGCUGGGGUUCGGAUGUUCACUCGUACCGAAACGGGCAGGUGGGAGCUGGAAGUUAGAGGAGCGUCAGCGCGGAGAACAGCCAGCCUAAAUUAAGCUUACAAUUAUCCUACAAGACCCUGGAGGGAUGUGUCGUAGACAGAAGGAAUUAAUGAAGGAGCAAAGCGAUUAAAAACAUUCGGGUCUUGUCUCAAGACAUGCUCGUCGUCUUUCUGAGCACGAUGUUAGAGGACAUCGUGCAGAAGUGAGGAUCUGCGAACCGAGAUGGACAGAGACUUGGGGAGCUAUGAUAUCGCUGCCAUGCAGAUAUCGUAAGGGAAGCGGGUUUUUUGGAGUGUGACGUCUAAAUGUGACUAAAUGCUUCUUCAACAACCUCUGAGCCCAACAUAGAUACCAACCUGAAAACAUCUGGUUAUGAGAACUGGCACCACAAACGUCCCUUGGAAGGAGGUAAGAUGUUCAUGGAUCUGUGUGGCCGGCGGGGCGCAUGGACAGUCCUGUUGUUGUGGUGCAUAAAUCUAUCAGUUGCAGACCUCACCUGCCCGCAGAAAUGCACAUGUUACCCUGACACUUUGGAGGUCAACUGCUCCUCAAGACACCUAACGAGUGUGCCUGAGGGCUUACCAAACUAUGGCAAACGCUUAGAUCUUUCAAGAAACCAGCUGAAAACGCUGGCCAGGCGUCAGUUCUCCAGCCUGUCAAAGCUGGAGGACCUGGACCUAAGUGAGAACAUAAUCUCUAUGAUCGAGGUGGAAACAUUUCAGGGGCUGAAGAACCUGAGAUACUUGAGGAUUAAGAACAACCGGCUCAAGAUCCUCCCAGUUGGAGUCUUUUCUGGUCUCUCCAACCUUCGACGUCUGGAUAUCAGUGAGAAUGAGAUCCUGGUUUUUCUGGAUUACACAUUUCGGGACAUGAUUAAUCUACAGCAGCUUGAUGCAGGAGAAAAUGACCUGGUGUUUAUCUCGCAACGGGCAUUUGUUGGGCUUCAGGCGCUGAAGGAGAUGAAUGUGGACCGCAGCAAUUUAACCUCCAUCCCCACCGAGGCUCUGUCGCAACUUCAGAGCUUGACCAAGCUACGUCUGCGUAAGUUGACCAUAAGCGUCCUGCCCAACAAUGCCUUCCGCCGACUGCACCAGCUGCGUACCUUGCAGAUCCUCCACUGGCCUUCUCUUGAGACGCUAAAUAGCAACAGCUUGGUAGGCCUCAACCUUACCACCCUAAUAUUAAGCAGCUGCAACCUCAGCGCUGUACCUUAUGCUGCGCUGCGUCCACUCACCUACCUGCAGUACCUUGACUUGUCCUACAACCCCAUCACCUCCAUACAGGGCAACCUUCUUGGGGAGAUUCUGCGGCUCCAAGAGUUACACCUAGUUGGUGGGAACCUACUGCGUAUUGAGCCGGGUGCCUUCAGGGGUCUGGUCCACCUUCGUCUGCUCAAUGUGUCCUCGAAUCGUCUGUCCACAAUAGAAGAAAGCGUCUUCCACUCUGUAGGGAAUUUGCAGACCCUGAGGCUGGACAGAAACCCAUUGGCUUGCGACUGUAGGUUACUCUGGGUCAUGCGAAGGCGGCGGCGCCUGGAUUUCGAUGGCCGCCAACCUACCUGCUCGCCUCUAAAUCAGCACAAGAAGGCAUUUCGUGACUUUUCAGAGGCUGAUCUCCCGGUUAUAUUUACUUGCAGACAAGCGCAGAUUCUAAAUCGGCAGCAGCAGGAUGUGAGUGUAGUGGAGGGCAUGAGUGUACGGUUUGACUGCAAAGCAGACGGCUAUCCAUCACCUUCUAUUAUUUGGCUGUCAGCCCAGCAGACUGCACUUAGCUCUGUCGGGAGAGUACGAGUGCUUGCUAAUGGGAGCUUGGAGGUGCGUUACACCCAAGUACAGGACAGUGGAACAUAUCUAUGUACUGCAUUUAAUGCAGCAGGCAACGACAGCAUCUCCGUGAGUCUGCAAGUGGAGGGGCUUCCACAAAACCGCACAGCGUCAUAUUUCUCAGACGAGGGGUGGAUGGAAACUUCAUUACCCCCUUCUACCAACUCCUCCGCACGGGUGUCAAGUCCUUACCCAUUUGAUGCGAAAACCCUCAUCAUUGCUACCACCAUGGGAUUUCUCUCUUUCCUCAGCUCUGUGGCGAUCUGUUUUGUGUUUAUGUUCUUCUGGAGUCAGAGCAAAGGUCAGAUUAAACACACUGCCACUAUAGACUUUGUGCCACGAUCUUCCAUGGGUGGAGGUGGAGAUGGUGGGGACACUGGGAGAUUCACAAUGAAGCUGAUUUGAGCUGGAAUAGAGAAUUCAUGGUCACGGUUACAAUUAGUUGAGCCUUUAAAGCUGUAGUAACUCUUAUAGUGGAGCAACUGCUCAUUCAUAAUGCAGCUUGCCAACACAACAAGGUACAAAGCCUUAUAAUAACACAACAAGUCUGAUUGACAACAAUGUAAAUAGGUAUAGUAACUCAACUUUAAUUAGUAAUAAUAAUAAUAAUAAUCUCAUUUAUAUUUUGUAGGCCUGAUGACAUUAAUGUAAGUAGGUUUAAUAACUUAACUCUUUAUUAUAAUUACAUUUUAGUGGAGAAUUAAGAUAUAUCUAAUCAAUAAUUAAUUCUGUAAAAUUGCUAAGCAAUGCCAAAGUCGAACAAUAAUAGAAGAAUAAAUACUUUUAUUGUCCAAUAGCUAUAAUUAAAAAAAUAUUAUAUAUGUGUGUGUGCGUGUGUGUAGUGGAAUAAUAUUCCACUAAUAAAUAAUUAAAUAACUGUUGGAUAUUAUUGUGGUGUGCCCUUGAUAUGGUGUGUUAUUGCUUGAUUUUUUUAGGCUCACAGCUCUUAGUAUAAUGAAUAAAAUCUCUUCCUUUGAGAGGGUUCUGGUACAGUUAGCCUUUAGAGAUGUUCAUUUCACUGCCAAAUUAAACCAGAGCAGGCCACACAAUGAUGCAUCUGACAACUGUUAGAAUGCAGUUUAGAUAUUGUAACUUUUUGUUGCACAAAUGUAUAACCCAUAGAACUAUGUAUGUUGCUAUAGAAGUCUUAACAGCCUAUAAAUGUCUAUUGUAGUUUGUAGCAUUACAACAGAAAAUAAGUAAACUAAUAUGUUUUUAAAAAGUGAAGGAUUUUAAAUGGAUACGUUAAUGACAGAAAUGCGUUAUUGUAUUAUAUAUUGUGUGUGGUUUUAUUGUACAUUACAGCCGUUAUUCUUAUAGGUUGCUGUAAAAUGACAAACAUUUGGCAGGGUCAUUCAAAUAUGUCUUUUGUGAUUUUUUUUUAACAACAUCAAGUGAAAUGGCUAUGCACAAAUGUCAUGACCACACAUGGUUAUUUACCUAAGAUGCUUUGCAACUUAUGUAAUGUAUAUAAGUUAUAUUUCCACAUUUUAAUGUUUUUGCUAAUGCAUUUGUAAGUUAUCAUGUUUUGCAUUGGAUUAUUAAAGACUAUGCAAGUCUGCUUGUUCAGAAAACGA